GAGCUUUCUUUCCCAAAUCAAACUGAAUCCAAAGAAGUAAAACAUAGAAACAAAACACCUUUCAUCUCUUUCAUAUUCAACUGGCAAUGGCUCAAAAGGAUAGGAAUACAAGGAUGGCUCAAAGGGCUUUUGAAAUGGUCGAUAAGGUGUACGGUAGGUCCCCGAAAAUAAGCCCUCCAGUACUGUAUGUUCCUAGAGACGAGUCUGCUGCCCAUUUUAACCAAAAUUCUUACGAAUAUGGUGGUCCACAAGUUUAUACCGUAAAAGAGGGAACUAAUACGACAAGUUGCCGCCGAGUCAUUUAUCAGUAUUCAAAGGAGUCAACCACAAAGGAACCGGUUGUUUCUCUCCCCACGGAACAUAUUCAAUACUUCGGUGGUGUCCGUCCUCAUAUAGGCCAUGCAAACAGGUUUGAGACUCCUAAAGGACGGGCUAUUAGCUGCGACGAGGCCGUCCAACUCUAUGGAGGGGUUCUUCUAAAGGAAUAUUAUCGUAAAUAAGCCGGGGAAAACUAAAAUAAUGUUGAAGAUGGAGGAUGAGUUUGUAUAAAAGUGUUUAUAUAUAGUUGUUAAAUUACGGAAAAGUGCAGACCAACACAUAUGCGAAAGCUUGUUGUAAUAUAAUGGUUUUCACUUAGAAUAAGCUUUAGACCACUACCAAGUGUUUGUGUCUGUUAAGUAUCUACAAGUACUUCAGGUUGAAGCUUUAUGUGACAUACAAUCCUAGGGUGAUACUUCUGAUGAUGAUACAUAAUAUGUUUUCUUAAUGCA